UAUAAUACCUAAAGUACCCCCACGCCCAAAAAGCACUGCUUAUUCCGCCCCUCCCUUCCUCUGUCUCUUCAUCUACCUCACCUCCCUACCGACCAACUCUGCCAUUGGAAACCUUUCUUCUUUCUUUUCUUCUAGUCAUCAAAUCUUGGCCCUUCAUAAGUUCUUCUCCUGAUCUCUCCCUUAUUUCUCUCUCUCGCCAAAUCAGGAUUCUGGCAAACUGUAACUGUUCCCAGCGGCAGUUAAUGGCGGAAAUGUAGCGAUGAAAGAUGAAGCCGGAAUCUUCGCCCUGGCCGAGUCGAAGGUGGGCUGGUACUGGAGAGGCUCGAAGGUGUAGAACAAGCCAGAACAGCCCUUCAAGGCAUCCAUGAUGCUCUGGUAGUCAAACGGAUCAGCGUGAAAGACUUUCAGAUUCUUGCUAUUGUCGGAAGAAAUUCCCUUGAAUGCAGAAACAAACAAUCCACACAAAAGAUGAUCAGAUUCUUGCUAUUGUCGGAAGAAAUUCCCUUUCUCAUUGCGAUGGUGCCUCAUCUCCUUCAGAUCGUCUCCCAAGCAGUACUCUAAUGGAAAUCGUUCAGAAAAGAAUUAAAGAAAUGCUCGCCCAUUUAUCGAUGCCUCUUCCUUCCACUCGUUUCUCCUUUCCCACUGUGUUGCGGCCUAUCUUGUUUUACUUCCCGAAAUCGUCCUCCCGUCUUCUUCCUUCGACCACCUUUCGCCGGCAUUUCACGAUUUUUCUGGUCAUCGGUCGGAACUCACUCUUCUCCUCGGUUGGCCACCUGAGAUCCACCGUCGCGUGCGUGGUUGGAGGACGGCUUUUCUCGGGUGCUGCUUCAAUGGAUUCUUCUGCAAGAGAAGGGACUUUGUCUCUGGAGUCAAUGACAGAUGAUCUUAAACCAAAGGUUAGGGAAUGAUGAUAGGGUUGGUUUGAGGCUUGAAGACCUGAAUUGGGACCAUUCAUUUGUACGAGAAUUGCCUGGAGAUCUGACGACUGAUACAAUUCCGCGAGAGGUGAAGUUUUCUCUUUAAAUUUCAUCUCGUUUUCUUUUUGGCUUUUGUUUGUGAAGAAAAUGAGAGAGAGAGAGUGGAGGGUAAAAUUAUCUUUUGA